GUUACAGAUUCGAUCGGCACAUUUCAAAACACGGAAGCCGAAAUGCAGCUUAUUUAGUUUCAAUUCUUGUCAUACGUUGUGAGACAAAUAGUGACAAUAUUAUGAGAAAUGUGCGUUAUGAGGAUUUAGACACAAAAAUAACAACCAAGAAAAAGGUGUGAAGAUUGGAUUAUGAACUUUGAACUUUGACUGUCACCAUGGCAGAAUUAAUAGCGUGUAAAGUGUGUAACAGUAGGCGAGAGAAGUAUUAUGGACUGGCGGUAACCUCUCUGGAUCAGCUCAAAAUAAAAGGUAUUGAGACCCUAGGGUUUACUUCUAGUCCAUCAGUCUCAGUUGUACUAGAAGAUGAUGGGACCAUUGUAGAAGAUGAGGCUUACUUUCUGUGUCUGCCAGCAAAUACAAAAUUCAUGCUGUUGCGUGCCAACGAAAUAUGGAUGCAUUCUCAAGCUGAUAGAGGGACAGCACAGCCUUGCAGAAAGUCUACUUAUGUGGAGGUGGAUGGACAAGACGUGACUGAUGGAUUUGAAUCUUGGCACAGUUUGGCAGAGCAGCUCAGACAGGACCUGGCCAGUAUUAUCCUCAUGUCCGAGGCAGAUCUACAGAGUCUGAUUGAUGUUCGAUGCUCAGAUCUGGCUGCGGCAUUGAAUUUCUCAGAGCAGAAAACCCAAGUCCUACAAGACACCCUGCAGAGAAUGCUGGACCACAAAGAAGAAGAGCGACAGUCCAAAGAGUUACUAAAGCUCUAUUUGAAAGCUGUGGAGCGAGAAGGCACCUGUGACCCACAAGAACAAAGCGCUAGACUAGAUGAGACAGAUGGGGUGCAGGUGGAGGCCACAGCAGGGUUCAGCUCCACGACACUAAUGGUCCUGAAGAAAAAAAAAUACCCAGAGACCAGACUGUCCAAUGAAGAGCUACAGAUGGUGGUGGGGCAUGGAGUGGAGGUCAUGAUGAAGGUGUUGGGCUGGGAUGGUGAAAGGACAUCAGCACUGGUCCAGACAUGUGAAAGUGAGCUCUGUAAACGCCUACAGCGAGUUCAAGCCCUGCAGUCCCUCAGUGCUCAAAAUCAGUCCACUUCACAAACACACGCUGGGAGAGAAACCCGAGCCAAACGCUGCAAAAAACACACACACUGACAGACCUUUGCUCUAUAUUUUUUAGGACUGCUUCAUUACACUCCAUGUAAAAGGAAAAACUAAUUCAAGCAGUGUUUUUCCAAUUUUUGGAAAGUGAUUAUUUUGAUAUUAGUGUGUUGUAUAGAAAUGCCAAAGCAUAAUAAAAGUAAUGUUUUUAAGCAAGAAAAACAUACAGACUGGUGCUCAUUUUGAUUUAUGAAAUUCAGUGUUUCUCAUCUGUUGCCUGUAAUCCUAUACUAUGUCAUUUACAAGUUAAUUGGUGAAAGGAACAAACAAUAACAAACCAAGUAAUAGGCGUGGGUGAUUUGACUGAAUCUUA